CUUCGUUCCUCUGAGACCUGCAUUGGUCUCCAACUUUCUGUAGCUGAGACGCAACCAAGAAAGCAAACCGGAUACAGCUUGUUAUAAGUCGGACAUUGCGUGCCAAGCCGUAGAGCAACGCUUUUCCCGAUCAGGAACUGCGCAGAAUUACUGGGAUUACCGCGGAGGUGCAACCGAAGCAUCCUCGUCCAGCUAUCGAUUAUCUGCUUUUCUCGCCGCAGUUUCUCAUCCCUUAAACGCUAAUCAUGGCAGCAGGCCAACCUCUGAGGGGAGCUGUCAGGGCUUUGUCCUGGACCCGUGUUCUCCCCUCUCGUGCGCGACAAGGAGCUCUCUUGCAUCGCGCAUAUCAGAUGAGAAGCGUCCAAAUCCGCGCUGCGCCUGCGGAACAGCCUACACCGGUCAAUGGAGACAAUCUUCCUGUGUCUAGCACCCCUACAACAGCCCAGUCAGCCGAUGCUCGGUUCGAUGUCAUCGGCGCACCUUACUCGCUGCUGUCGGUCUCACUUUCCGCUUCGCAGAAUUUGUACACCCGUCGAGGGACUCUAGUGGGGUUGAGUGGAAAGGCAGACAACGUCAUUUCUACCCUCAGUGUUCUCGAGCCCUUCCGAAGAGCUGUUGUUGGCGUGCCGUUCCUCUAUCAGAAGAUAUCCUCGGCCAGCCCAGUCACGGCUUUAGUCUCUGUCCGUUCCCCUAAUACUUCUUUUGCCGUCGUACAUCUCGAUGGCUCGGUCGACUGGAUGGUGGCUCAAAGGCGGGCGUUACUUGCCUGGACGGGUCGUUCGCUCUCGAUCCGACCCACCAUCAAUACGAACCUGAGCCUGGCCCACUGGGGUAGCUCUGAGGUCACCGGUAGGGGAUUGAUGGCACUAGUCGGCAACGGCCAGCUGUAUUCGGUCGAGCUCAAGGCUGGCGAGCAAUACGUAGUGCACCCCAGCAAUGUCGUUGCCUACACCAUUUCAUCCAACCCCCCUCGUCCGUACCGCUUCAAGUCUACAACCUUGAAGUUUCAGGUUCCAGGCCUCAAGAGCCUGCCCGCCUUCAUUCAGAGUUCCAAGUUCCUCCAGGCCAUGUCUGAGGCGGAUACUUGGAAGGCUACCAUGAAGCUGGUCCACAAGCUUCGUACCUGGUCUCGAAUGACCAUUUGGGGAGAUAGGCUAUUCCUUCAAUUCGAUGGCCCCACAACUAUUCUUCUCCAGACCCGCGGUCCUCGCAUCAAUGAGGUCCUGACGACGCACGAGGUGAACGAGCUUGCCAGUGCUCCGCGCGGAUUGACCAUUGGUCCGGCAAAGCCUCAGACACCGGCGGAAGACCCAGUUCGAAAAGCAGCGGAAGAGGCGGUCAAUGCUGCCCCUGCCCCUACCCGGACGGUAGAUGAAUUGUUCCAGGAAGCCAAAGGCUCGGCGCAAAGCAUCGCCAGGCUCACCGAGGAUGGCAAGGUCAUCUUUGAGAAGUUGAAGUAAGCCGGUCGAGUCGGAGAAAGUGGUCUUUUUAUCCUUUCCUUCUGCAUAAAUCCCGAGAGCCAAUUGUUGGAGGAUUCAUAUUCAUUGCAGGCUCAAUGUAUCAUAGACAGCAUGCGUCAGAUCGUACGCCAAAUCACUUCCUG